AACCGUUCGGGUGCCCGCCAAGUUACGCGUAUCUAUCAGAAAAAAGGCGCACGUGAUUCUCACAAUCCGCAUCAAUUUGUUUCAGCUAUACGUUUACUCGUCAGUGUGCAUUGUAUAGCUGUGUAGAAAGAUAGGCACCGUCGCAAGCACAAACAGUUAUCGAUUGGAAGUUCCCAAGUUCAGCGGAAAAAGUUUUGCCGAUACCGCAUGAAAACAACCCGUUUUGCAUCGUAGUCCUAGCCUGGAUUUGGCAAACAAUCAAAUUUGGCGCCCGUCGGCUGCGUUUCGUGCGUGGCUAGCCGGUGGUUUGUUUCCGGAGGUUUUUUACCCCCCAGCCAGUCAUGCAGUGGUGUAUUGGUUUCGAGUGAUGUGGUAGAAUUCACAAACUUCGCGCGGCGUUUAUCGAUUACGGUCCCCAUGUAUGCCGGCCUUGAAACAUUCUGCUGGCAGGCGAAGACAGUGCAUCAAAACAAAAAAGGGUUCCACUUUUAAUAGUAUAACAGCUUGAUCACUGACAAGUACCAAUACUCAACUGUAAGAGGAAAAUUUAGUGAAUUAAGAAAAACUAGACAAACACCAAAUACAACACUGCAAUAAGCCGCUACUGACACUAACUUCAUUCUAAUUAAUGGAAAGCUCCACAUGUUUAGUCGUUAUCGCGUACGCCUGGCCAACGGGUUUCUCCGUCACAUUACCGUACAUUGUUCAAUAGAAGCAAAACCUAUCGAGCGCCAUCCCAGAUCGAUACCACAUGGCCCUGAACCUAAACCAAACCGCGGGCAGCUAGUUCUAAAACAAGUGCCAUCAGAACGCCAGCGUAGCCGAUGAGAAAGAAAAUGAAAGUGAUCUUUCGCAAAAAGUAUUGCUUUAUAAUGAUUUUGCUGUUCGGACUGUGGUUCAUCUUCUGGGACAACGUGUUCUUGUUCCACGAGCCGAAAAUUAAACGCAGCCAGGCGGACGAUUUUAAUCUGACCACCAGUUUGGCGCUAAUUUACAGCCACUGGAACGUGCUGGUGAACCAGCAAUCAUCAUAUCAUCGUUCUAAUCAUGCGCUGAACGACACCUUCGGCAGCAGCAACAGUUCGAGCUCUUACCAAAAAAACUACUUCAACGUGGGACUGAGCGAUCAAAUCGGGGUCAAUCGAACUGUUCCGGAUACGCGACAUGCCAACUGCAAAACCCGCGAAUACAUUGUUCCGUCCGGCCAUACGACAUCUGUGAUAAUCACCUUCCAUAACGAGGCAACCUCGACACUGCUACGAACCGUUGCCAGCAUUCUGGCCCGUACCCCGGCCGAAUUACUAGAGGAAAUUAUCGUCAUAGACGACUGUAGCAACUCCCUGGAUCACCAACUAGGUUUCCUUGCAAACAUUCCCCUGAUCCGGUACCAUCGUAACUAUGUUCGCGAAGGUUUAAUACGUUCCAGGAACAUUGGUGUAGCGUACGCUCGUGGUGAGUACAUCCUGUUCCUGGACAGCCACUGUGAGGUGAACAAAGGCUGGCUGGAACCGCUUCUCGAACGACUGGUACAGGAUCCGAGCGUUGUGAUCAGUCCAGUAAUCGAUAUCAUCGAUGCGGAUACUUUUGAGUAUCGAGCGAACUCGGCCCGUUUGCGAGGAGGGUUCGAUUGGAGUUUGCGCUUUCAGUGGCUUCCCAUCGGAGAGGAAGAGAUGGAACAUCGAGGGUAUGACGACUCGUUACCCUUCCACAGUCCGGCCAUCAGCGGCGGGGUGUUCAUUGUAUCGAAGGCCCUAUUCCAGCAGCUGGGUGGUUUCGAUGGCGGUCUGGAGAUUUGGGGUGGAGAAUCUCUCGAGUUUUCGCUCAAGUCGUGGCUUUGCGGAGCGCAUGUAGAAGUUAGCCCCUGCUCACGGAUUGGGCACGUCUUCCGGAUGAAGCAUCCAUAUAGCUUCCCAUUGGGAAGUACCUCGACGUAUCUCAGGAACACCAAACGUAUCGCAUCCGUGUGGUUGGAUGAGUUCGCGAACUUUUUCUACGAGGCUCGGCCAGAGGCACUGUCGUUGGCCGUCGGUUCCCUGCAGGCGUCCAAAGAUCUGAAGCGGCGGCUCAACUGUCGCAAAUUUAGCUGGUAUCUGCAGAAUGUGUUCCACGAUCUGCGGCUUCCAAACGAGAACAGUGCCGCCUUCGGCCACCUGCGCCAUGGUGAGCGUUGCCUCGAUGUUAAGCCACGAUACAAACGGACGCGCAAACGGAGCCGUGCGCUGGAACCGGAAGCUACUAGAGAGAGUGAUGUAUGGCUUGUUGAGUGUAGUCGCGAUGAUGUGGAUGGUGCCAGCAAAUGGUCAUUAAAUACCAAAACCGGGCAGCUUAGUUCGGAUUCGGGAGCAUGCUUGGGAGUGCUGCAAGAGCUGGUUGUGUUUGAGAAAUGCGAAGAACACCCUGGAGAGGACCAAACACAGCAACAGUGGCGAAGAGUGGGGGGAACGCUGGUACAUAGUCAUAGUGGAAAAUGUCUAGAAAAUUUGGUUCGAGCUAAUGUGGGUGCUACUAAUUGUCGCACGGGUGCUCCAAGUCAGUUGUGGAGCUUCUCUGUAGAAAUACAGCAUAUGAAAUGA